AUGAUUGGCCAUGCUGCAGCUGCUGCCGCAAAUAAUUAUCGGGCUCACAACUCCAUUCCUACUGUGUCUCGUGCAAGAGAUUAUGGCCUAAUCAGACGGUCGCCUCCUCAGGAAGGUUCAGUUAAGCUAAAUUUUGAUGGUUCGGUUGAUGGCUCAAAUAUGGUAGCUGCCGGGUUUGUGAUCAGAGAUCACUCAGGCUUUCCUAUUGUGGCAGGAAGUAGAAAGAUUGGUUUCUCUUCUGUGUCGGUUGCAGAGUGUAGCGCCCUCAAAGACGGUCUCCUCCAGGCGCUGUAUAGCAACUUAUCCAAAAUUUAUGUUGAAGCUGAUUCAAAGCUGGUCAUUGACUGCAUCAAGAAGAUUCAUGCUCCCCCUUGGUGUUUGAGACAUUUGAUUAGAGACAUUCAUAUUAUCUCUUCCUUCUUUGAGGACAUCAGUUUCUCUUAUGUUCCUCGAGAGGCGAACUUCGUGGCAGAUGCGGUUACUUCCCUGGGUCACCAAGCGUUUGAACCAACUAUCUGGAGAAACAAACUUCCUCUCUUUGCCAGUUUUGCUUUCAGCUUGAAUCAGUUAGGGUGUGGUGUUUCUAGAGUUUUUCAGUUAUAG